CGUUCAAAUAUUAUUAAACACGUUUAAAAAAUUGUGUGAAGGUAGCUUGGCAAUACUGGCUCUCUGUCACACUGAAGUGAUUGUAGUAGUGUACGCUUUUAUUCAUUGAUAUUUUAGGUGGAAAUAAAUUACAAAUUUAUAUAUUUUUAACUUCUCUGUUAAAAGUAAAGAGACUCUUUUGUUAUGUUAUAUAUUGAGAGCUGAAGAAUACACUUGGCUGGCCUCCACUUGCUAUGUCAGGACAUAGAAAUCAGAACAACCCUCCUGGGCUGAAGCAGAUUGAUCUUGACCAGAUCUGGGGUGAUCUCAGGGAAGGCAUAGAGCAAGUGUAUAGUCGUCAGGGCAUGUCUAAGCCUCGCUAUAUGGAACUUUAUACGCAUGUCUACAACUAUUGUACAAGUGUACAUCAACAAAUAAAUCGCAGCACAUCUACCAAAUCGAAGAAGGGUCAAGUGUCUGGUGGUGCACAGCUUGUAGGUCUGGAACUGUACAAGAGACUACGAGAUUUCCUGCGUAACUAUCUCAUCAGCUUACUCAAGGAUGGUAUUGACCUGAUGGAUGAAGAUGUUCUCCAGUUCUACACAAGACAGUGGGAGGAGUAUCAGUUUAGUUCAAAGGUGCUUAAUGGUGUCUGUGCUUACCUCAACAGGCACUGGGUACGGAGAGAGUGUGAAGAGGGUCGCAAAGGAAUCUAUGAGAUAUACCAGCUAGCCUUGGUGACAUGGCGGGAUAACUUAUUUAAGCAGCUCAAUAAACAGGUGACAAAUGCAGUUCUGAAGCUUAUAGAGCGUGAAAGGAAUGGUGAAACUAUCAAUACAAGACUUGUGAGUGGAGUGAUCAACUGCUAUGUUGAACUUGGACUGAAUGAAGAGGAUCCUGGUGCUAAGGGACAGAACCUGUCAGUGUACAAGGAGUCAUUUGAAAAUGUGUUCCUGGAGGAUACAGAGAGGUUCUACACACGUGAGAGCACGGAGUUCCUUCGACAGAAUCCUGUCACAGAAUAUAUGAAGAAGGCAGAGCAACGUUUACUUGAGGAACACAAGCGAGUUCAAGUGUACCUGCAUGAGACAACGUUGGACAGGCUGGCUAAGACGUGCGAGAAAGUGCUAAUUGAAAAGCAUCUGGAAAUUUUCCAUGCAGAGUUCCAGAACCUCCUUGAUGCAGACAAGAAUGAAGAUCUUGGACGCAUGUACCAACUCGUUGCUCGUAUUCCUGAUGGUCUUGGUGAGCUGAGAAAUCUGCUAGAGAGCCACAUUGCCUCACAGGGACUUGCUGCCAUUGACAAAUGUGGUGAUUCUGCUAACAAUGACCCCAAAAUUUAUGUCAAUACAAUACUAGAAGUUCAUAAAAAGUACAAUGCAUUAGUACUGACAGCAUUCAACAACGACUCUGGAUUUGUGGCUGCUCUGGAUAAGGCAUGUGGACGUUUCAUCAACAGCAAUGCAGUGACACGACAGGCCAACAGUUCAUCAAAAUCACCAGAGUUAUUGGCAAAGUACUGUGACCUCUUAUUGAAAAAGAGCAGUAAAAAUCCGGAGGAAGCCGAACUUGAAGAUACUCUUAACCAAGUUAUGGUUGUUUUCAAGUACAUUGAAGACAAAGAUGUGUUCCAGAAGUUCUAUAGUAAAAUGCUGGCAAAGCGGUUAGUCCAGCAUAUGUCAGCCAGUGAUGAUGCUGAAGCAUCUAUGAUCUCAAAGCUGAAGCAAGCUUGUGGCUUUGAGUACACAUCUAAACUUCAGCGAAUGUUCCAGGAUAUUGGUGUGUCUAAGGACUUGAAUGAGCAGUUCCGGAUACACCUCACAAACUCAAAUGAACCUCUUGACAUAGACUUUAGCAUACAGGUUCUCUCCUCAGGAUCUUGGCCAUUCCAGCAGUCCUUCACAUUCUCUCUACCCACAGAGUUGGAGCGAAGCGUUCACAGGUUUACGACAUUCUAUAGUGGCCAGCACAGUGGACGAAAACUCAACUGGUUGUACAACAUGUCAAAAGGGGAACUUCUCACAAAUUGCUUCAAAAAUAGGUACACACUGCAGGCAUCAACGUUCCAGAUGGCAGUGUUGCUGCAGUUCAAUGUGUCAGACAGCUGGACAGUUCAACAACUGCAUGAGUCAACACAGAUCAAAGUAGACUUCCUUGUGCAAGUACUGCAGAUCCUGUUGAAAGCCAAGUUGCUUCAAAGUGAUGAUGAUGAGAAUGAACUGCACUCCAACUCGUCCAUUGCACUCUUCACAGGCUAUAAGAACAAAAAGUUGCGUGUCAACAUCAACAUCCCGAUGAAGACAGAACUUAAAGUGGAGCAGGAGACAACCCAUAAGCACAUAGAGGAAGACCGCAAGCUGCUGAUCCAGGCAGCUAUAGUGCGCAUCAUGAAAAUGAGGAAGGUGCUAAAACACCAGCAGCUGGUUGCAGAGGUGCUGAACCAGCUCUCAUCCCGCUUCAAGCCUCGUGUUCACGUCAUUAAGAAAUGUAUUGACAUCCUGAUCGAAAAGGAGUACCUGGAAAGGACUGAGGGCCAAAAGGACACAUAUAGCUACUUAGCAUGAUUACAUAGCGACAGGAACAAACAAACGAAAGAGGGCGGGCAGGGUCAGCACUAUCCACGCUAAAGUUCUACAUAGAAAAAAUAAAUUGUAAAUGUCAAAAUAAAAGUAAUUUAAAAAGGAAUUAAAAAUAGAACUUUAAUUUAUCAUUGAAAAUUAAAACUUCCCAUUCAAUGUGAAAAACUUAAGGCAUCACCAUCAAAGUAGAGUCCUUUCCCUCAGGUGAUUAUUUUUUAAAUAUUUGGCACUUACUUACUCUUUCAUAAAAAUUGGGUGGUGGGAGAAAGUUAAUUGCAAAUUCCCCAAACCACUCCUUAUUCUUAACGAUGUGAAUAAAUCAGAACUAAAGGGGGUAAUGUGUCAGUUCCUUCUCUGCAGUUUUGCAAGUGUGGGCCAUAUACAAGAGUGAAAACAGAAGCAGUGAUUUGUAAUUUAUUUUCUUGUGUCUUGGUUAUUUGCUCUUAUUAUCAUUAUUUUCCUCUGGUACUUGUUCACUGGUGCUGCACAGUGUGUAUUGGUGAUACUGAACACAAGAUAGGACAGUGUGUGACUACUAUCUCCUUUUCAGUUCUAUCUCAUCACCCUUCAGUCCCUACUUACAUUUUUCUUUCUUUUGCAACAUAAGGUUUUUUCUAACAGUUUUACUUACCAAAGGAACUUGUGACAGAACGGAAAACAGUGUGUAUCAAGCGUUGAGGACUUAACUACAUCAGAAUGUGGAAAAACUGGCAGAGAUAUUGAUUAAUGUAUGGAUGUUUUGUGGUGUGAUUGUAUUAAGGAUCUGUUUUUCUGUUAAAUAUUGCAAAGCUUUUUAUCAACAA